ACUGUUUGAGUCUAAUGAAAACAAGAGAUUGCAGACGUCUAUGGCUACUAUUGAGGCAUAUAAACAAUUGCGCCUUUGCAUCCGCACACAUCACGAUAUCACAAGGUUUAUCGGGUACCUAGAAAGUGUUAUGAACCCUAUAGCAAUGAUGCAGUUGGCCAUCGGAGUGUUCAACGGUUGUAUGAUGAUAUUCCCAGCGGCAUAUAGUGAUGAGAGCGGAGCCCUACUCAAGGUGCUGGUCUGCGCCCCCGCGGUCAGCAUGCAGCUGCUGCUCUACUGCGUGGGAGCGCACAGCGUGUGGGAACAGGGGGAGCUUGUGUCCACGGCUGCGUACAGCUGCGACUGGCCAGACGCCAACAUCAGCUUUCAGAAGGCGCUGCUGCUGGUCAUGGUUCGCGGGCAGAGGCCGUUGACGCUCACCGCUGGCGGGAUCUACCCCAUACAGAGGGGCACAUUCCUCUCGCUGCUGAAUGCGGGCUACUCCUACUACGCGGUGCUGAAGAACUUCGCCGGCCGCUGACGUCUCGACAGUAGAAAAUCUCCACCGCAGAACACACGCUGCUUGCCACCAGCAAUAGAGCAUCAUAAAUAC